GUUUAGAGGGAGUCCACGGCAACAUUAGAGGAGAGAAAGCAGAGGAGGCGUGUGUGUGUGUGUGUGUGUGUUUGUGUGUGCAUCUGUGCAGUGAGAGUAAAAGCACAGUGACUACUUCUCUUUUUUUGUGGAGUGAGUGUUGGUGGCUCAGUGUGUGUGUGUGUGUGAGAGAGAAGAUAGGCAGUACAUGUGUGUCUGUGUUGUUGAAGCAGAGGAGAUGCUGCUGGGUGUGAUGGCUCUUUUGCUUUAGUACUUGUGCGAACAGGAGAGUUGGAGCCAGUUGUUUUGUGGGACUCGCGGGGAAUGGCAAACUCCACAGUAUCCUUGGAAACAUCCGACUAGAUGACAAUGGCUGAGGCUAUCUGCUGCACUUUGGUGAACUGUAACUGUGACAGCUUCAAGCCUGGGAAGCUGAAGAGGAGGCAGUGUGAAAACUGCAAGCAUGGCUGGGUAGCACAUGCUCUGAGUAAGCUGAAGGUGCAUCACAUGUACCAGAGCAGCCAGGUGGAGAUUGUUCACUCCAACGUGGUGUUCGAUAUCUGCAGCUUGAUGCUGUAUGGGACCCAAGCCAUUCCAAUCCGCCUCAAGAUUCUCCUGGACCGCCUCUUCUCCGUCCUGAAGCAGGAGGAGGUUAUCCAGAUUCUUAACGCACUUGACUGGACUCUGCAGGACUACAUACGAGGAUAUGUGCUCCAGGAUAUAGCAGGAAAGGUGCUCGACCGGUGGGCCAUCAUGACUUUUGAGGAGGAGAUUGCUACGCUACAGCAGUUUCUACGUUUUGGGGAGACCAAGUCUAUCGUGGAGCUGAUGGCUUUGCAGGACAAGGAGGGCCAGGCAGUGUUGGUUCCCAGCACUCGCACCAACUCAGAUAUCCGCACUUUCAUAGAGCGCAAUACUCCACGCACUGCUGCCAACCUUUCUGCAUCCAAAGUUGAAAAGCUAAGUGGCAACAGUAUGCACCACUUUGAGAACUUUAUUAACAGCAUGGCGUUCAUGCUGCCUUUCCAGCUGUUAGGCUCUGUUCCAGCACCGUUCCUUGGCACACCAACGGGGGGAUUGCAGCAGCAGCAACAGCAGCACCAGCAACCAUGUCGAGGAUUGAUGGAGCAGCAGAGGCGAGAGGAUCAAGUGGGAAAGGACGGGAGAGAAAACCCCCUCUCCCUGUCACACCCUCCAGAAAGCAGCCUGCUAGGAUCAAGCUCCAUCUCAUUUAAUGCUGAUCUGGACCGAAGUGUAGACAAGCCAUUGGACAGCCUCUCCACCACCACAAAAACUGAGGCAGAGGACUUUUCAACCAGCGAUAACUACUCCGAUGGGCCCUCCACCCCAUGCACACCUUCUAUGAGCUCUGAUGUAACACAGAUGUCACCUGAGGGCAAGAUGCGUUCCCUGGACAGGAACGGGGGUGGCAAUGGAACAGGAGGCGGAGGUGGGGUUGGCUCUCUGAAGAAAGGUCGUGUGUAUUGUAAUGCCUGUGAGAAAACAUUCUAUGACAAGGGGACACUGAAAAUACAUUACAAUGCAGUGCACUUGAAAAUCAAGCACAAGUGUACUAUUGAUGGCUGCAACAUGGUGUUCAGCUCGCUGCGUAGUCGCAAUCGACAUAGUGCUAACCCUAACCCACGGCUGCACAUGCCCAUGAACCGAAACAACCGGGACAAAGACAUACGGGGCAGCUUGUCCCCAGAUGAGAGCUCUCAAGGGGAGAAGAGGUCUGAGUAUGGAACCCAGAUCCCUGUCUGCUCUCCUGAAAGCCACAAGUCAGUGCCCAGCUACAUGGUGAGCCAUAUGGACUCUGGCUCCAAACUCCACAGCAGCUCAUUCCCCAGCCUCAGCCAGAGUGGCAUCCUCUUCCCCAACUUAAAAACAGUACAGCCAGUUCUGCCUUUCUACCGAAGCCUGGUAACCCCGGCAGAGCUUGCAAACACACCAGGAACACUACCCUCCCUUCCUCUGUUGUCCUCCUCUGUACCUGUCAAACAGAUCACUGCCCCUGAACCUUACAUGACAGACCCUAUACCAAAGAAAAAGUCACGUAAGUCCAGCAUGCCAAUCAAGAUAGAGAAGGAGGUGAUGGAGCGAGAUGAGCUGAUGGAUAAGGACAACAGCUCUGAUGAUGAGGCUCUUUUACAUGGCCAUGAAAAAGAAGAUUGUGAUGAUAGCCGAGUUGAGGGGCGUAUGUGCCCUAGACAACCUGGAGAGGAGAAAGAGACAAGAAGGCCUUAUAUUGGCGAAGGAAGGGAGAGGGAGGGGGCCAAGCAUUUGGUGGACCAAGCUCUGGAGAGAGAAAUGAUGGAACAGGAGGACGAAAAUGAUGGGCCAAAGCUUGCUGAAACAGGGGCUAUCUCCUGUCCUUCGUCCCCUUUUGAAAACAGACUCGGGGACAAUCACUGUGAAAAUAACUUACUCUGUCAGGAACCCAACAGCACUGCAGAAAAGGAGGACAGCGAGCACACAAACUUGAUUUCAGAGCUAAGAUGGGAUGAGGGUGAGCGCAGGGUGACGAACGGUGGCAACUCCCAGCUCAUAGACCAUGACAGGGACGGCUCUGAUGGCUGUGCAGAUGAAUAUGGUGACCCAGGUUUGUCUCACUUUGACCCUGACGCUGACCUACCACACCACUGUGAGAUCUGCAGUAAGACCUUUAAAAGCCCCUACAGUGUCAAGAUGCACUACCAAAACGUCCACCUGAAGGAGAUGCACUUGUGCACAGUGGAGGGCUGCAAUGCUGCCUUCCCCUCUCGCAGGAGCCGAGACAGACACAGUGCCAAUUUGAAUCUGCACCACAAGCUGCUGACCAAAGAUUCCUUCAGUCCAACUAACACGCUCUACUCGUCCUCAUCCCAGAGUAGAAGCAGAGACUCUGUUAGCCUGGACUACUGCCAAGACCAGCGGGACAGAGAUCUGCCCCAUCGAGACUCUACCAGCCAGACCUCCGUCAUCUUCAGGGGCCACAAUCGUAUGGGCCUGGUCUUCCCCAUGAGCAAAAUGUCCUCUGCAUCAUACAGCACUGAGGCAUCCCCAUUAGGUGAGAUGGAGGGAUUAGGAGAAGGAGGGGAAGGAGGUGGGGAGGAUGGAGCGGUUCUGGACUUGAGUACCUCCUCUGCCGCUCCACCUCGUAGCAGUGCCCGAUCUUCCUGGGACUCUGAUGGGGCCUGUAGUGAAGAAGGGGAUGGGAUUGAGGAGGAUGAGGAGGCCCUCCCAAUAGAGGACAGCGAUGAAAGCUGUGAUGGGGUGGGGAGGUCUGGGGGGGCAGAGCUGGCGCUUGGGGGAGAGAGGACCUUGGGCUGCAUUGCAGGGGAGCAAGUUGGGCUUCAGGGAGGUGGUGGCGGAUCCCCGAUAACCUGCCAUGUCUGCCAAAAGGUGUACAGCAACAAGGGCACAUUCCGGGCCCACUACAAGACUGUCCACCUGCGACUGCUCCACAAGUGUAAAGUACCCGGCUGUGAUACAUCCUUCUCCUCUGUGCGAAGCAGGAACAGGCACAGCCAGAACCCAAACCUUCAUCGAAACCUGACUGUUAGCUCAGGCGCUGCGAUGGACCAGGAGUAGGACUUUGAACUCAUAUGCCAACAUGACUGGUUUCCUUUGCUUCAAUGUUCUUUCUGUGGUUGGUGGUGUUUUGGUGCACCUAAAGGUUUACCAAUUAGCACUUUUUAAAUACAUACUGUCGUCCACCCUGUUUCCUUGUUUUUUCUUUUUUUAAUUGUGAUGAAGAGAACUAUCACACAUUUCUUUGUUCUGUGAAGGCAACUUGCUUCAGGAACAUAAUGCAAAAAUAGACAGCAUAACAAACAUCCGUAUGUGUUGUGCAUUAAUAUUUAGAGAACAUUCCAAACAUACACUGGUCAGUAAAUCCUGCUUCAAAAUGCAGAGAUGAGUCUCAACCUCUUGCUGUAACGCAGUAUUGAUUUAUUUUGAUUGGUUUGCCUAACAGCCCAGUUAAAUGAAUAAAGACUCUUUUCUGUGAACUGAAUUUUUAGGUGUUUUGUCUUAGUGAGAGAGCCAUGGAACUGUAUCAUGUGAGAGAUUUUUUCUAGUGUUUUUGUUGUCAGAUGUCUUCAUCUUCCCUGUGAAGCUGUGCAUAUUGUCUUGAUCAAAAGCAGUAGUGAAGUUAACCAUACACAUGUCAAUUCAUGCAUUUGGAAAAUUGUGUUCAAAAGGAGUCAUUGUUGAGACGCUAUAGUGUUGUGAACUUGACCAAUAAGUUAUUGUAUGGUGUUUUAUGACCUGUCUCUACUGUUAUGGUUGUUGCAUACUGCUAAAGUUGACCAAAGAUUUUUACAGUCCACAGAUGUGUAUAUAAACCCCCUUCACACUGUAUAUGGGGUAUGCAGUAUUAAAGAGGCCCGCCCAGUCUCUAUACUUUGUGAUUAUCAGCAGUAUUCUGUCAUUGGCUUUAAUGUAAAAUAUGAUCAAAUUUACACCAAAAGUAAACUCUGAAAACGACUUCAGAUUGAUGGGACAGAUACAUAUUUUUGGAUUUUGGUGGUAUUUCUGUAUAUGACAUCUGCUCUUGGGACUAGACUUGAUUAAGGCAUUGCUCCUGUAUUGUCUGUGUGGUUGCUUGCAGUUUCCAACUGACUAGACGAACAGCUUAAAAUAUGUUGUGUCUGGAGGCUAGAAGCAUGUACUGUGAAUGAGUCAAACACUGGGAAGUUAUUUCAAAAAUGAAACUUAAAUAAAGGCCCCACAUAGGAGCACAUGCUUAAACAGAACUGGUAAAAAUGUUUAUUGAACUGUAUAUUCUGUGAAUAGUGUUAUUUGUUAUCUGAAAGAAACCAAAAAAUAUAACUGUAAUACAAAUUUCACAGCUACCAUGUGACAUUAUUUCCUUUUAAAAAAUGAAUGAACAAGAAGAUUGUGUUGGACAUGUCUGAUGAUUUCACCAUGGUUUACAGUUUUAGUUUUGCUCUGUAUUGUUCAGUCUGUAUUUCAAUGCAAUGGGCCAGAUCCCACAUGUUUGAAGUUUGGAUUUGUUUAAAAAGGAACAAACAAAUGUUAAUAGGUGAUCAUGUUUCUUUUGUUUUAAUGUUACAAUACUCAUUCCUAUUAAAUAAAAAGCCAUAUGUUUGCAAGCCUCA